GCAACACCUACAUUGCGCUGGCGACCAUUCCUUCACUGCUGGCGUCCUUUCCACAGCAGAAGAAGAGAAGCAUUGAAACAGAUUUGAAUAGUUUCCUCCCUGAAGGCUGCAGGUGUCCAGUAUGUGUCGGAUCUAACAGCUCCGGAGGCAUCGAGGAAUAUCAAACUCCCCCGCCGGUGGAUGUGGACACCUACACUGUGGAACCAUGGAAACGAUAGUGAAUUUAUCCCUGUCCGUGCUGCUGGUUUUGUGGGGAUGCGCGCUCGGAGGCUCGCCCAGUGUUCAAAUCGGAGGACUCUUUCCGAGGGGCGCGGAUCAAGAGUACAGCGCAUUUCGAAUAGGGAUGGUUCAGUUUGGCACCUCGGAAUUCAGACUGACGCCCCACAUUGACAACCUGGAAGUGGCCAACAGUUUCGCUGUAACCAACUGCUUCUGUUCACAGUUCUCCAGAGGAGUGUACGCCAUUUUCGGAUUCUACGACAAGAAGUCCGUGAACACCAUCACGUCGUUCUGCGGGACGCUCCACGUCUCUUUCAUUACGCCCAGCUUCCCCCUGGAUGGGCAUCAACAGUUCAUCAUCCAGAUGAGACCCGAUAUCAAAGGGCCCCUCCUCAGCCUGAUCGAGUACUACAAGUGGGACAAGUUCGCCUACCUCUACGACAGUGACCGAGGUCUAACAACGCUGCAGGUGGUUCUGGACACAGCAGCAGAGAGGAAGUGGCAAGUGACCGCGAUCAACGUGGGAAACCUGAAGGACGAGAAGAAGGAUGAGGCCUACCGCUCUCUGUUCCAAGAUUUGGAGAACAAAAAAGAGAGGAGGGUGAUCCUGGACUGUGAACAGGACAAAGUCAAAGACAUCAUGGAGCAGGUCAUCACAAUUGGCAGACAUGUUAAAGGCUACCACUACAUCAUAGCAAAUCUGGGAUUCAUUGAUGGGGAUCUAACCAAAAUCCAGUAUGGCGGUGCAAACGUGUCCGGAUUUCAGAUUGUUGAUUUUGAGGAUCCUUUAGUGGCCAAGUUUGACCAGAGAUGGGAGGCCCUCGAAGAAAAGGAGUAUCCUGGUGCCGACAGCAAAAUAAAGUACAUAUCGGCGUUGACCUACGACGCCGUGCAGGUGAUGACGGAGGCCUUCCGCUACCUGCACAAACAGCGCAUCGACUUCACCAGGAGAGCCAACACCGGCGACUGCCUGGCCAAUCCCGCCGUUCCGUGGGCUCAGGGAGUGGAGAUCGAACGCGCGCUGAAACAGGUUCGUGUGGAAGGCCUGACAGGAAACAUCCAGUUCGAUCAGCAUGGCAAGCGAGUCAACUACUCAGUGAACAUCAUGGAAUUAAAGACCAACGGUCCCAUGAAGAUUGGAUACUGGAAUGAAGUUGACAAAAUGGCCGUCACCAAAUCGGAUGUCUUUGCGAAUGACUCGACGGGAAUGGAAAACAAAACAGUCAUUGUCACCACCAUCUUGGAAGCUCCGUAUGUAAUGCUGAAAAAGAACUCUGACCUUUUUGUCGACAAUGAGCGCUACGAGGGUUACUGUGUGGAUCUGGCCGCGGAGAUAGCGAAGCACUGCGGCUUCAAAUACCAACUGAAGAUAGUGUCGGAUGGGAAAUACGGAGCCAGAGAUGCCGAGACCAAGAUCUGGAAUGGGAUGGUUGGAGAGUUGGUGUACGGGAAAGCAGACAUCGCAGUGGCUCCUCUGACCAUCACGUUGGUCCGAGAGGAGGUGAUCGACUUCUCCAAACCCUUCAUGUCUCUGGGAAUCUCCAUCAUGAUAAAGAAGCCUCAGAAAUCCAAACCGGGAGUCUUCUCUUUCCUGGACCCUCUGGCCUACGAGAUCUGGAUGUGUAUCGUUUUUGCCUACAUCGGCGUCAGCGUGGUGCUGUUCCUCGUCAGCCGUUUCAGCCCGUACGAGUGGCACACUGAGGAAUACGAGGACGGGCAGAUCCAGACCAACGAGUCGACUAACGAGUUUGGCAUAUUCAACAGUCUCUGGUUCUCCCUCGGAGCCUUCAUGCGCCAAGGAUGUGACAUCUCACCCAGAUCUCUCUCUGGACGCAUUGUUGGUGGCGUUUGGUGGUUUUUCACGUUAAUCAUCAUCUCCUCCUACACCGCUAACCUGGCUGCUUUCCUAACUGUCGAGAGGAUGGUCUCCCCCAUUGAGAGUGCAGAAGACCUGGCAAAACAGAGCGAGAUAGCCUUUGGGACUCUGGAUUCUGGCUCUACUAAAGAGUUCUUUAGGCGCUCAAAAAUUGCCCUCUUUGACAAAAUGUGGACAUACAUGCGCAGUGCGGAGCCCUCCGUGUUUGUGAAAACCACCGCCGAGGGGGUCGUGAGGGUCCGCAAGUCCAAGGGGAAGUACGCCUACCUGCUGGAGUCCACCAUGAACGAGUAUAUCGAGCAGCGAAAACCCUGCGACACCAUGAAGGUGGGAGGCAACCUGGACUCCAAAGGCUACGGGAUCGCCACGCCGAAAGGAUCCUCAUUAAGAAAUGCGGUUAACCUCGCAGUACUAAAACUGAAUGAGCAAGGCCUGUUGGACAAAUUGAAAAACAAAUGGUGGUACGACAAAGGAGAGUGCGGCAGCGGGGGAGGUGAUUCCAAGGAGAAGACGAGCGCCCUCAGCCUGAGCAACGUGGCUGGGGUCUUCUACAUUCUGGUCGGAGGACUCGGUCUGGCCAUGCUGGUGGCCUUGAUCGAGUUCUGUUACAAGUCCCGAGCCGAGGCGAAACGAAUGAAGAUGACCUUUGGGGACGCCAUGAGGAACAAAGCGAGACUUUCCGUCACUGGGAGUACUGGGGAGAAUGGUCGGGUGAUGACUCCAGAGUUUCCUAAAGCUGUCCACGCCGUCCCGUACGCGAGACCCGACAUGGGACUAAACGGCAGCCUGACAGAUCUGUCCUGAUCAAUGAGAAACUUCUGAGUGCCUUACAAUGGUUUCAAUAGAGCGAUUUUUUUGGUUGUUUUUUCUUCUUCUAUCCUUCCCUCCCUCCUGCUGUUUUUUGUUUCCUGUUUCUGUCUGGUGAAAAAAGGAAAGCUAGGAGAUGGAGGCUUCAUUUUGUGUCUCACAAAGACUUGUAUUGUUGCUCUCUGUCUCUAUUUCUCACCGUAUAAAACACCUCUCUCUCUCUCUCUCGUACGCGGGGUGGAAUUACAUCUCGGAAUUUAAAAGGAAGGCUCUUUUUUUCUUUUUUUCUGAACUGAUGACACCACGCUUUUCCUAUCUUAACUGCCUGGACCGGACCGAGAUGGAAACGAGGGCUUGAUUGACGGCAGCGGGUUGCUUCUGAGGGUCAGAGAUUCAGUCAUCUCAACUGUGUGAGUGUGUGUGUGCGUGUGUGUGUGUGUGGAGAGCGUGGGGUUGUGACACACCGUUUCCGUAGCCACCACCGCCAAACAGGAUUUUCAAGCACACUUGAUAUCAAACUACAUUCUAAAAAAAAAUCCCCUUUUUUUUUCAAGAAAAAAUAAUCGGAGAAAAUGUUUAUUGAAAAAAAAUUAUUUGUAUGUAUUUUCACAAAAUAGCUUUUAAAUAAACUUGCUUACAUACUUGGUUGGAUAUAAACAUCUCAAUGUGUGAGUAUUAAGACGGAAAAGAAAAAUACUAAACAGCUUCUAGUUCCAUAUUUUUAAAGCCAAAUACAUUGCAUAUGGGGCUGAGAUGUUAAAAUCAUGUAAUUAAUUCCUACUCUAAACUCUCCUGUAUAUUUUAUUCUUUAACAUUUGGUGUUGAUAUGACAUAUAUGUCAAUGCUUGACAUUUGGAAUCAAUCCUAUGUUUUUCUUGGAGUCGGCGCAGCGGUUUCGUUUUCUACUCCCGUUUCCUCGUUUGCUUCAGCGCUUUUGUUUGUGUUUUUUUCUGAUGACGACCAGACUCCUUAAUCGACCUGUUUAAUGCAACAAAUAUCUUUAAAGUACGGUCUGGUGUUAUCGCGUCGCAUUUUGGAGGCGACAUCAAAAAGAGGCAUCGCCAUCCACCGAGUUUCAGUGGCGGUUUUGAAAAUGCCAAAUAAGUAAGAGUGCCAAAAUUCUAGUGCCAGUAGACAUGAAUAUAGUCUUAAUAUAAUCAAUUGCUGUCAUCUCGGUGAAUGUAAACGAAACAUUCUGUAACUUUUGUAACUAGGUGUACAGUUGGUGGCAUUGACAGUGCUAAUACGAUAGCCUUUACGCUUUGUUUUCCAGUCACCACGUGUUUUUUGCAUUGAUCUGACAAUAAAGUAGCACCAGUUGCAUGUUGUUGCCGCGGAUAUGACAUACAUUUAAUCUCAUUACUGCCAAAACACGCGUUUUCAUUUUUAAUGUUGGAAGUUGUGAGGUUAAUUGUUUGAAAUUGGAAAUACAAUGUUAGACAUAUAUACAAUAUAUACAUAUAUACAUAUAUUUUAUACAAUAUGAAAAAAAGUAUAGCCCCUCGAAGCUACUCGGCUUCCGUUAAAUACAAAAUGUGGUGACUUGUUCAGAAAAUACAGGAUUUUUUUUUUCAGUGAUUGUUUUUUUCAAUUUUACUGACACACUUUAGACGGACACACACCUCGACUUACGAAACACUUAUUUCAUUUAUCUUCUUUUCUGAAACUGACCUACAAAGACGCCUCCACUGCAGCACAAAGGGAGGUAAAGUGUAUUAUUAUAAUCACUGUUGUUUUUGUAAUCAACAAUAGAAACAUAUACCGUAGUCGCUUAUCAGUUUCAUGGCAUAUCCAGGAUAUUCUCACUGACAUUUUGUAUAUGGAAUGUGUGCUAACUUGAAUAUUUUUUGGGACUCUUUCUAAAUAAAAGUGGCUGAUCUCUUGUUA